GCCCGGGGCGGGGCGCGGCGCGGCGGCUCCGCCCGCCACCUCCUCCCGCACUGGGCCCGAGCGGCCGCAGCCCCGUCUGCCGCCCUCAAGACGCUCGUCCCGCCGACGGCGCCGGGUCGAGAAGGCGCAGCGAGUGCCGCUCAGCCCGCGCCCACAGGCGGCUCCGGCCGCGGACGGCCGCGCCGCGACGUGGAGCCGAGCGCGCCUGCGAGACCCCGCCCCGGCCCGCCCCGCCUCCCCCGGCCCCGGGACGGGAGCGGGCAGCGCUCGCGAGAGCAGGCGCUGCCCGGGCGCAGGAGGCCGCCGGCGCGAUGCCCUCCUUUCGCAGCGACUUUCCCAAGUACUGGGAGAUCCCGGACGGCACUAACUGCGUCGGCAAGGCCUGGCUCACGACCCGCAUUGGGGGCACUGUGGGCCUGAUUGGUUCAAUUUAUCACAUUGUGUUGAAGGAAACCAGCCCUGCUCUUAAAGCUGUGCAAGUAGCAGCCACAAGCACUGUCACAAUGGCUACAGUAGGAGCAGUUUUUGGAUUGACCACUUGCUUCAGUGCCCAAAUCAGGGAGAAACCAGAGGAUCCUUUAAACUAUUUCAUAGGAGGCUGCACUUCAGGAAUGGUCUUUGGUGUAAGAACUCACAGCUUUACUACUGGUGCCGGUGCAUGUGCUGGGCUAGGAAUUCUGGCUGCUGUUAUAAAAAUGAGCAAGAAUGAGGGCUGGAAGUUUGCACCACCUCCCGGGCUAUAAACUUUCAAAUGUUCUGUGUAAUAAUGUAUUACAUAUUAAAGAUGUUAUUGAAUCA